AUGCCACCCAAGACAGACGCCCAACCACCACCACAACAACAACAAGGGAAAAAGAAGGGAAAGGGAUCCAAUAGUCAAAACAACGGUGGGGAUCACAAAAAGAACCAUCACAAUCACCACAACAAACGUGUUUCCGCUGAACCGGAUGGUCGGGCGGCACAACAAUUAAUUGGAUUCAUCCCACCAGGUGCCUCCGCCCCUGCACACAAGAAUCAUAGUAACAACUAUCACAAUAAUAAUAAUAAUAAUAACCAUAAUAAUAAUAAUAAUAACAAUUAUUAUCCCUAUGAACAGACACGCCGUGCGGAUGCCUUUGUCCACCGUGUGGAUCAACACAUUCCCGUUCCUGCCCGUCUUCGCCACGCGCCCACCUCGCUGGUAGAGGCGGUGAAUGACUUCCACUUUGCGAUGAUGAACGAUGGGCCCCGCAAUGCCUUUUACGAGGAUCUUCUCCGCCGCCAUGUGACCCCAGAGACGGGGGUGUUGGAGAUCGGCGCCGGCUCUGGACUCUUGUCGCUCCUCGCCGCCCGCUGCGGGGCGAAGUGGGUCGUGGCGGUGGAGGGAAGUGCGGAGAUGGCGCGACUGGCGCGGGCAAAUGUGCGGGCAAACGGCAUGGCCCACAAAGUCACUGUUCUUCACAUGUUGAGCACCGAACUCACCCUGCGGCAUUUACCCGAGAAGCCGGAUAUUAUGGUCUCGGAGAUAUUUGGCACCAUGUUGUUGGGCGAGUCGGCGUUGGAUUACAUUGCGGAUGUGCGGGAGCGGCUGUUGAAGCCAACAACGAAAAUUAUCCCGCAGUUUGGCACUCAAUAUGCAGUGCCGAUUGAAUGUGAAACCCUGCGGGAUGUCUGUGCGGUGUCUGGAUGGAAAGAUCUCGAUCUCUCACACAUGACGGCAUUACAAGAUACAGUGAGUGUGGUGUUUGCGAAACAAUAUGGAUUUCGUCUCAGCAGUGUGCCGUUUCGUCGAUUAAGUGAACCCAUUGAACUCUUCUCUAUUGAUUUUGCCAAAACCCGACGACGGGAUUUACCCACCACGAGAGAAAUAAAAGUAAAGGCCACCAGUUCCGGAACUGCACAUGCAAUGAUGUAUUAUUGGAAAGCCAAUGAUGAAGAUCUCAUCAUGUCCACAGAUCCAGACGAUACACGAAAUAAUUUCCCACGAGAUAUGCAGUGGGGACAGGCAAUGCAGUUACUCGAUGCCUCUAACGGCCCACUGCCAACACCUGUGAUCUUUACAGAGGGAACAGACUACACCUUUCAGUGUAAUCUCUCUACCGAUCGCGUGAUUGUACACAUGCAGUUCACAGGAGGCAACGAUGAAGAAGAGAAAGAGAAGAAGAACAAGAAAGGGGCUUCAACAGCAGAACCUUCACAACCAACAGAAACAGAAACCACAACAAUGACGAAAGAAGAAGGUGAUGCGACAGUCGAUAAAGAAGAGAAAUAG